UGUUAAGCGGGAGGAGGAAGGAGCAAAAAGGAUACCCGCCUCAAGUCAAACAACCCUCCCCCGCUCUCGCAAGGCCUGGCGGGCCGCCAGGGCGGAGACCGCUGCCGCCGCAGAUGAUGGGCCGCAGGCCCAGGCCGACGGCCAGCCGGCCCCCACCCCCGACGGGGCGGAGGCCGUCCCCGUGCGCGGCGACCUCGCCGAGCUGCCCUCGCCGGUGCCUUCGCCUGCGCCGACGCCGCGGCCAGCCCGUGCGGGCGCCGCCGGCGAGGCAAGGGCGGCCUCGCCGGGGCUGCCCUCGCCGAGGCAGGCGCGGAGGAGC